AGGUUGAUUGGCUGGUGAAAAGGAAGUUUCAAAGCUGCUGAUGUUGUGUUCAGCCUCGCAGAGCCCUCGCCGCUCAGUGGGGUGAUCCCAGAAUCUCCCCGGCACCCAGACCCGGCCGCCCCGGCCGUCCCAGUCUCUGACCCAUCACUCCACGGGCACUGACUCUCCUGUUCUGCAGCCCGCCAGGAUGGCAGGAGCUCCCUGUUCCUUCCUUCUUUUCCUCCUGCUGGUUUCCCAGCCCAGGGACACAAGUCCUGCUUUCUCACGCUGUUCCCCCAAAGGGGUGAAUGGAAUUCUGGGAGAAUCAGUCGUCCUCCCGCUUAAUUCCAAGGAGAUGUUCAAGAACAUCAGGUGGUCCGCACCCAACCCUCGCCAGGACGAAGCCUCAGGCAGAACGGUGCCUCUUGCUGUCGUCACACCGGGGGCGCCCGGAGCCCUGCCCCGUCUUGAUGUGCAGGACGAGCGAUACAGAGGGCGACUGAGACUCUACGGCCAGACCUAUUCGCUGGAGAUCAGCAACCUGACAAUGGCAGAUGAGGGCAAAUACGAAGUAGUGCAAACUCUAAUUGCAAACAAUCAAUACAUCUGUGACUAUCCCCUGUCCAUCUACAGUGAGUGUCUGAGGACGGCCAAUGCCCGGCUCAUGGCGUGA